AUGAGUGAAUUCGGAGGUAUUCAAGCAGGGGCUAACACAAACUCCAAUAGUACAAACAAUGCAAAUAAUGGUGACAACGAUAAUUAUUUUGGUGAUUUGAAUGACGAACUAUCGUUUGGUGGACCAGAUGAUGACCCUGAGGAUAACAAUUUUCUGGAUAUGUACAAUUUAACCCCUAGACAACGAGUAGUAUACAAGGCAAAGAAACUAAUAUAUCAAGCAAAAAAUAGAUUUGAUUCUUUAAAGGUAUGGCAAAGGGGGUUAGUAUAUCUGGCAGCGAUAUGUUUUUUGAUUGCUGGGGGUUUGUUCCUAGUGUACCGUCAUAAGAUCAUGGACAAGAUUGUCGAUACAUCAAAUGAUUUAGAAGCUAAAAAAUCUACCCAAUUCUUACUUUUGUUAUUUAUAUUCAUUGUGGCAUUCCCACCAUUAAUAGGGUACUCAUUCCUAUCGACGAGUACAGGUCUAAUUUACGGUGUUUCAUUCCAUGGCUGGAUUAUUUUGGCAUUGGGUUCUGUUUGUGGUUCAGUGGCAUCAUUUACUGUAUUCAAGAAUUUAUUACAUUCAAGAGCUGAAAAAUUGAUACAUGCUAACAGAAGAUUCGAAGCAUUUGCAUCUAUUCUGCAAGAAAAUAAUAGUUAUCUUAUUUUGGCUCUGUUUAGAUUAUGUCCAUUCCCAUAUUCGUUAACUAAUGGUGCAGUUGCUGGUGUCUAUGGUAUCUCGGUACGUAAUUUUGCAAUUGCAAAUGUUAUCACAACACCAAAGUUGCUUGUAUAUUUGUUUAUUGGAUCAAGAAUUAAAAAUCUUGCUGAGACUGAGUCACCUGGAUCUAAACUCUUUGACAUCAUCAGUAUAUUUGUUGCUGUUUGUAUUUUAAUGAUGACGGCUUGGAUUCUUUAUUAUAAGACUAACCAGAAAUAUAAGCAACUACAACGUGAAGAUAACCAAGCACCAAUAGAUUCAUUGGGAGAAGCAGAUUUUGAAAUAUAA